UGACGAUCAACAAGCUGCAAGCUUUUAAACUCUUUAUCCAUUAAAAAAAAGAAGAUAUUUUCAAAGACGGAAGACUUUAAGAGACUUUCCAAGUCUUACAUGAACACAUCCAAUACUCAUUCACAGCUUUAAAGAGAAAGCAAACAAUGGCGGAAUCUUCACCAACAUCACCAAAACCAAGAUGGACCCAGAGAAAGAGUAUGAAUAAACCUCCAUCUUUGUCAUCCUCCAGUGUUUGUCUGUCUGAAGAGCUUCAGUGUUGUGUGUGUCUGGAUGUGUUCAGUGAUCCAGUCAGCACUCCAUGUGGACACAACUUCUGCAGGAUCUGUCUGAUAGAAUGCUGGGACAACAGUCAGAUCUACAGCUGUCCGUACUGUAAAGAAACUUUCAGUAAAAGGCCAGAACUAAACAUUAACACAGCACUUAGACAGGUCACAAUGAUCUUUAAAGAAACUUUCAGUCUGAGAAGAUCUGAAGUUCUCUGUGACAUCUGUGAUAAAAGAAAACAGAAAGCCUUGAAGUCCUGCCUGAUUUGUCAGACGUCUUACUGUGAAACUCAUCUCGACCUUCAUGAAAAAAUUCAUUUAAAGAAACACAAAAUGAUGGAACCUGUGGAGAAUAUAAAGGAUUAUAUAUGUGAGAAACAUGAGAGACCUCUGGAGCUCUUCUGUAGAGAUGAUCAGACACGUGUUUGUGUGUUUUGUACUGAUGGAGAUCACAAGAAUCACAACACUGUUCCUCUAGAGGAGGAGAGUAAAGAGAAGAAGACUCAACUGAUGAAGACACAGACAGACAUUCAGCAGAUGAUACAGAGGAUUCAAGACAUCAAACACUCAGCAGAACUCAGAAAAAGAAGCAGAGAGCAGGAGAAAGCAGCGAGUGUUGAGCUCUUCAGUGACAUGAUCAGAUCCAUUGAGAGAUGUCAGACUGAGCUGCUGGAGAUGAUGGAGGAGGAACAGAAAGCAGCAGAGAAACAAGACGAAGAACUCAUUAAAGAUCUGGAGCAGAAGAUAACUGAGCUGAAAUGGAGAGACGGAGAGCUGGAGAAGAUCACACACAGUAAAGAUCAUCUUCAUCUCAUACAGAUUGACCCAUCAUCACUGUACAGACCUCCAAACAUCAAGAACUGGUCUGAGAUCAGUACGAAGACUCAUGUAAGUGUGGAGACUCUGAGGAGAGCUCUUACUCAAAUACAGGGCACUCUCAACGAGAAACUCACUCAAACUGUGUUGAUGAAGAUGCAGCAGUAUGCAGUGGAUGUGACUCUGGAUCCUGAUACAGCUCAUCCAUAUCUCAUCCUGUCUGAAGAUAGAAAACAAGUGAGAACUGGAGACAAUGAGCAAAAACUCCCAGAUAAUCCAGAGAGAUUUGAUCCGUGUAUCUGUGUCCUGGGAAAAGAGGGAUUCACCUCAGGGAGAUUUUAUUUUGAGGUUCAGGUGAAGGACAAAACUAACUGGGAUUUAGGAGUGGCCAGAGAAUCUAUUAACAGAAAGGGAGAGAUCACAGCAACUCCUCGCAAUGGAUUCUGGACUGUGAUUCUGAGGAAUGAUAAUGAUUAUGAAGCUCUUGCUGAUCCUGAUGUCUCUCUGUGUGUGAAAGUGAAACCACAGAAGGUCGGGGUGUUUGUGGAUUAUGAGGAGGGUUUGGUUUGUUUUUAUGAUGUAGAGUCCAGGUCUCAUAUCUACUCUUUCACUGCUCAAACUUUCACUAAGAAACUCUUUCCUUUCUUUUGCCCAUGUCCUAAUGAUAGAGGUAAAAAUGCAGCUCCUCUGAUCAUCUCGCAUGUACAAUACAAAAAAAUGAAUUUACAUCCAGAAUAUAAAAUAAUAAACAAAAAUACGUCUUUAUAGAAAUAUGAGUAUGAAUAGUAAAUAGGCAUUAUUUUCCACAUCUACAUUAUAGAAUGUAAAAAUUUUUACUGUGUGGCAACAGAACAAGAGUUAAAGAUAAAUUUUAGGUCAUUUUAAUGUCAGCCUAGUUGUUUGAAGUCAAGCUUGGUAAAGGCUGAGGUUCCUUGAAGCAAUUUAACCCUCUGGGGUCCGACCAUUUUGGGACACUCUCAGAGGUUCUGACAUGCUCUUACAUUUGGUCUUUUUUCAGUUGCUUUAAAACAUAAUAAUGGGAAGUGUCUCAUACCACGGCGUUCAGCACAAACUGGGCUAAAAUAUUAUAUGAGCUAAAUGUAUGUACAUGUUUGUAUUUUUGAGAGAAAAAUGUUUAUGCGUGGUUUUUAAAAAAGCAAAAUUUUUAAGUCACUGAUAUAAGUCCACAAAACCCAUACUAGACAUGUUUUAACAAGACUUUCCUAAACAUAAUCUAGUAGUCUAGAGUUUUUUCUUUAAAAUGAUGUGACAAUCACCAUGCCUACUUAUUCACAUAAAACAAUGUAUUGAUUUAGAAAUUGUAAGACACUUUUUGUUUAGAUGGGCCGUAUGCGAGAAGGAUUGAUUGACAGCUAGCAAACAAAGGCUCGCAUAAUGAGCUGCAUAAUGAGGCAGGAAUGUGAGAAUGAACUACAGUAAAGAAUGUGAGGACAAAUGUAUACAUGUUUGUUUGAGGUUUAUUAAGUUAACAAUAUAAUCAAAAUAGAAAUGAUGGUUAGUAGGACAUUUUAAGUUUAUUUGGAAACAUACCCUAUUCCUAAAACUUUGUAUAAACUAAGAAACUGAUACACAACAGAGCUGUAAACUUCAUGUGGCUCAUGUUACCAUAUAACUUUAUGUCCAAAAAGUGUUUUUCCACUUCAUAGUUUUGUACUGAUGAGAGAGAUGCAUACCUCUAAGAGAGUUAUAAACAGCUGUUAGCAUAAAUUGUCCACAGAAAUACCCUUACUUGUAUAACUGAUGGGUAAAUGUCACUGAUACUAAGUUACAUUCAUAUACUAUCUUGUACAUAAACUUAAUCUCAGAUAAACAUCUGCAGCAAUUAAUAUAAAAAGCUGUUUUCAGAUGACUGUUUUCAGAUGCCCAUCCCCUUAUCGUCUAGCUUCUGUUUUAAACGUGUUUCUGUAAGCGCAUAUGAACUUUAAAAACACAUCGCAUGUGCGCGAGCUCGCGUCUCCAUGUAACGCAGCGCUCAUAAAAACG